UUCCCCCGAAGCGCACGCCUCUCUCUCUCUCUCUCUUCUUACUUGGCAAAUUUUCUCUCUCUACAAAAUUCUCUCCUUCAUUUUCUCUCAAACAUUUCUUUCUCUCCCUUUCCAGAGUUUUCUAUCUAAAUCUCCUUAAAAAAAAGAAAAAGAAAAAAACUGUUUCUUUGAAAAUCAAAAUAUCUGCAAAUUUCUCGGUCUUCGUUUUUUCAAUUUGUUUUUUCUCCUUUGUCUUUCCCUGGUUUUACACGAAUCUCUGUCUAUCUCAUUGUUUUUGGUUUUUCUCUUUCUUUAAGCUUUUCAACUGGAGUUGGCGUGGUUUCUUUCAAUAAAUUAGCGAGAGCUCUCAGGACGUUUCUCAUUCACUGCGAGCGAUUGAUUUUCCAACUUCCUUCUCGUUGGAAUUUUAUUUUAUUUUUCUCUCGUCCUCUAUCUGUGUGACUGAAAUUUGAUAUUUGAUCCAAAUCGCGAAGCUUAAUUUCGAUAUUUGAUUGUAAAGUUGUGAAGGAAUUGGUGGGAACCUUCUCAUGCUUCAUUGUUGCAUGUUGCUCCGAAUCGCUUUGAAAUUGUAGGGUUUAAGUGAUUCAAAGCUCCCUGAAAUGGACAGUUCGGAGACUUAGAUUCUGACGAUUCUACCAUAAAAAAAGGAAUCUGAAAUCUUUGUAUUCUGAACAAAUAAUCUGCUUAAAUUGUUAUAUAUUGUUGGAUUGGAGAAAAAGGAGGAAUAAUGGCUGUCGGCUUGAGCUAUGCGGUAUCUAAAUUGCAAAUGCUAUCUACUUCGGAUCACGCGUCAGUGGUCUCCAUGAACCUCUUUGUGGCUCUGCUCUGUGCUUGUAUUGUGGUUGGCCAUCUGCUUGAGGAGAAUAGAUGGGUGAACGAGUCGAUUACUGCACUUGUAAUCGGUGUGUGCACCGGAGUUGUUAUUUUGCUAGUUAGCGGUGGGAAAAGCUCACAUCUUUUAGUUUUCAGUGAAGAUCUCUUCUUUAUAUACAUGCUGCCUCCUAUCAUAUUUAAUGCAGGGUUUCAGGUGAAAAAGAAGCAGUUCUUUGUCAACUUCAUUACUAUCGUGAUGUUUGGUGCUAUUGGUACAUUGGUAUCCUGCAGUAUCAUAGCACUAGGGGUUACUCAGUUUUUCAAGAAAAUGGACAUCGGUUCCCUGGAUAUAGGGGAUUAUUUAGCUAUCGGUGCAAUUUUUGCAGCAACAGAUUCUGUAUGCACAUUGCAGGUGCUUAAUCAGGAUGAGACACCUUUACUCUAUAGUCUUGUUUUUGGGGAGGGUGUUGUUAAUGAUGCCACAUCCGUAGUACUUUUCAAUGCAAUCCAAAGCUUUGACCUGACUAACAUUGACCCCCGAAUUGCUUUGCAUUUUAUUGGCAACUUCUUGUACUUGUUUGUUGCAAGCACCCUACUAGGAGUGAUAACAGGGCUGCUUAGUGCUUACAUUAUCAAAAAGCUGUACUUUGGCAGGCACUCUACAGAUCGGGAGGUUGCUCUUAUGAUGCUUAUGGCAUAUCUUUCAUAUAUGCUUGCUGAAUUAUUCUAUUUAAGUGGCAUUCUCACUGUCUUCUUUUGUGGGAUUGUCAUGUCUCAUUAUACCUGGCACAAUGUGACUGAAAGCUCAAGAGUCACCACCAAGCAUGCAUUUGCAACCUUGUCAUUUGUUGCUGAGAUUUUUAUCUUUCUUUAUGUUGGUAUGGAUGCCUUGGAUAUUGAAAAGUGGAGAUUCGUGAGUGAUAGUCCUGGAACAUCAGUAGCAGUGAGUUCAAUACUCCUAGCUUUGAUUAUGGUUGCAAGAGCAGCAUUUGUUUUCCCCCUAUCUUUCUUAUCCAACUUAGCUAAGAAAAAUUCGCACGAGAAAAUUAGUAUCAGGCAGCAAGUGAUAAUAUGGUGGGCUGGUCUCAUGAGAGGUGCUGUGUCUAUAGCCCUUGCUUACAAUCAGUUUACAAGGUCAGGGCAUACCCAAUUGCGAGCUAAUGCAAUCAUGAUCACCAGCACGAUCACUGUUGUUCUUUUCAGCACAGUGGUAUUUGGUUUGCUGACUAAACCUCUUAUAAGGUUUUUGAUACCUAACCCAAAACACACAACCAGCAUGACCCUAUCAGAUCCAUCUACUCCAAAAUCAGCGACUAUGCCUCUUCUUGGAAGUGCACAGGAUUCUGAAACGGAUCUUGUUGGCCAUGAUAUUCCACGGCCAGGAAGCAUCCGUGCCCUUCUUGCCACUCCAACACAUACUGUCCAUCGCUAUUGGCGUAAGUUUGAUGAUGCCUUCAUGCGUCCAGUGUUUGGUGGCCGGGGUUUUGUUCCUUUUGUUCCGGGCUCACCAACUGAACGUGGAGAACCUCAAUGGCAAUGAAAAGACAGCCUAGCAAGAUGUAAAAUAAUUUGUGAGCUGUGUAUAUGCAGUGAAAAUUCAAACAGAUGUACGACUUUAAAUCUACUGUGUCAAAAUUUGCGAUGAGUUUUUUUGGGAUGGGUAGAAGGGAUUGUAUCAUAUUGUAUCAUUUGCAAGCCAAGUACUUAUUGUGUACAGCUUUUCCAUUCGCCCCAAGCAUCAAAAUGGGGUGACUUGUUUGUUUUCUCCUUGACGCGAGAGCUUAAUUUCUCCUUGACGCGAGAGCUUAAUUUAGUUUGUUAUUAUUCUUCCA